GAUGUAUACAUACCACAACGGCCACACCUUGGGGAUGCGCUCGCUCACUGUGCGGAACUUGCCAUUUGAAGAGGUCAGAUGGCUUUUGCAAGCUACAGACUCCUCACGCUUGUAGUGUUGCCCUCUCACUAUGAGUGCUAUGGCCUCGGACGCUGCUACUCGAGCAUGCGUCUGGUGAGUAGCUCGUAACUCAGCGGGUAUAGAUAGAUGGACACGCGCGCCCUCUUCUGCUUGAUCUGACCAACUCGCUCAAUAUGGCCUCUCUGCUGGGCUUCACGGCAUCGCUAGCUUGCUUAUUCUCAUAUGCCCUCGCAACACCUCUUGCAGGCCGAGCAUCAACGCCAAUAUCUCAAAUCACGCCCUCCCAGUGGCAGGCACUCAAUUCUACCGUCAGUGGAAGACUGCAAACCGCCACACCGGUAGCCAAGCCUUGUUAUAGCUACUAUAAUGGAGUCUUUACAACGCCCGACUUGCAGCAAUGCAAGGCAGUGCAGGAUGGGUAUACCACUGAAGACAGUAUAGUGGCCAACUUUGGCGGCUAUCAAUAUCCGAAUUGGGCUAGUUGUCAAGCCAAAGGUCAAAGCUGCGGUCUCGAUUUCACAGCGCCCCAAAACCCAGCCUACUAUGCUCCGCCAGCAAACUGCUUCCAAGGCAGUGUAGCAUCUUAUUACAUCAACGUGCAAGCAGUGUCGGACAUUCAAGCUGCCUUGAAAUUUGCCAACCAAUAUGGGAUACCUCUUGUCGUCAAGAACUCUGGCCAUGACUUCAAGGGCCGCAGCUCAGCACCCAACUCACUCGCAUUAUGGACACACAACAUCCAGCCACCUAUCGCGCUCACUCGAGGCUUCACUCCCGAUGGCUGCAGUGCACCAGUCGCAGAUGCCGUCACAUUCGGCGCAGGACAAGGAUUUGCUGGCGUCUAUGAGUUUGCUGAAGCCAACGACAUUACCGUUGUGGGUGGCUCCUCGCGGACUGUAGGUCCGGCAGGGGGCUGGAUUUCCGGAGGCGGCCACAGCGCGUUGUCAAACACUCUGGGACUCGGCGUGGACAAUGUUCUGCAGAUUAGGACAGUACUACCCAACGGUACUUACAUCACCGCCAACCGAUGUCAGAACCAGGACAUUUUCUUUGCCCUGCGCGGAGGAGGAGGAAACACUUUCGGUGUCAACUGGGAAAUGACUACCACCGCGCACCCCAAGAUGCAACUCGAAGUUGCGUAUAUUACCUUCGCUGGCACCAAUGCCUCCAGCAUCCGACGAUUCAUCGACAUCUGCACCCAGCUCGGAGACCGAUGGGCCACAGACGGCUGGGGAGGCUACAUCGCCCCGGGUGCUGUGACCUCUCUGGUCUCUGGCAUGAUCAUGAUGACGCCCAAGCUCACUCAUGACCAGGCCAUAGCCUCGAUGAAACCACUGACAGACUACGUCGCCUCGCUGGGCAACGUCGCCACGCACAAUAGCGUCACCACCGAGCCAUCAUACUACACGGCCUACCAGAAAUAUAUCGCCCCCAACCAAGAAAAAGUCGGAGUCGGCAUCGCCAUGGGCAGCAAAUUUGUCCCUCGCAGCAUGCUUCAAUCCUCGGCCGGACAGCAAAAAGUGGCAGAUGCCAUUGAGAAGUCUUCCAGCAUGGUGAUACCCGUCACCGGUCAAGGUGGCGUAGAUUACCGAUCCCUCACCUAUGGAAGCCCCUUUCAAAUUCUCGUCACCGCACCAAGCAGUUACCAGACAGACGGCUCCUCAUCAGUGACACCCGCGUGGUACGGAGCCAAUGGAGCAGCGUGGCAUGUGUGUCUUGGUCAGGGCAUAACCAACGACGCGUCCGCAGAUACCAUCACAGCUGCGUUCCGCAACGCGAAUCAGGCGACUCAGGUCCUGAGAGACGCUGUGGGGUCACCUGGUGCGUAUUUGAAUGAAGCAGACACCUUUGAGCCGGACCCGGUGAGCACGUAUUGGGGCAGUGAUAAUUAUAACAAGUUGUUGGCGUUGAAGAAGCAGUUGGAUCCGAACAAUGUUUUGACGUGUUGGCAGUGUAUUGGCUGGGACAGUAGUGAUGCGAGAUAUGGAUGCUAUCCUCGGAUUUAG